AUGGGCUCCACCGCUGCUGAAUUCAAGAACCCGGCCACUACCACUCUUCUUGAGUUGGUCAAGAGCCGCCGCACUUACUAUGGUCUUAAGGCCGAGAGCCCCAUCUCCGAUGAUGCCAUUGAGCGCAUUGUUGAGGACUCAGUUCUCCAUGUCCCCAGCUCAUUUAACACACAGACCUCCCGUGUCGUUCUUCUCUUGAAGGAGGAGCACAAGAAGGUGUGGGAUAUUGCUAUUAGCGCCAUGGAGGGCCUCGUUGCUGCCGGUGUUCUUACCCAGGAGGCCUAUGAGGCUUCCACUAAGCCCAAGCUCAAUGCUUUCCGUGCUGCCUACGGAACUGUUCUGUUCUUUGUCGAUUACGAGUCUCUCGCCACCAUUAAGGAGCAGUUCGCCAUUUAUGCCGACAAGUUCGACCCCUUUGCCCUGGAGUCCAACGCCAUGUCUCAGUACCUCGUCUGGCUUGCCCUUGAGUCUGAAGGCUUCGGUGCCAACCUCCAGCACUACAGCCCUCUGAUUGAUGCCGAGAUUACCAAGACCUGGGAUUUGCCCGCCUCUUGGAAGCUGGAUGCCCAGCUCGUUUUCGGUACUCCCACUUCCGAGGCCGGCGAGAAGACUUUCCAGCCUCUUGAGACCCGCCUGAAGGUCUUCGGCAAAUAG